AUGGGUUUGCUGGUGGUCAUCUACCCAGCCACUAGUACCGCCGCUAGCCAAGCUUCUAAACAGCCGGGAAGUCAUCAAGUAUACUACUACUGCGCUGCCUAUUUCCCCUCUCCUCCUCUACUCUCUCUCUUCCCUCUGUGCAAUCCAACAUCCUGUCUCGACUUAUUGACAUAUCACUCUAUCAAUUCAUCCAAGAUGGCUAAAUCUAAAGCGGUGACUUCUAAACUUGCUGUCCAAGAGCGCCUCCCUGACUUGAACGUCUUGAAGUGUCUGUUCAUCGAAGAUGCUGUUUCAAGUGUCUGA